GCCGCACACAAAGAGCAACUACCUGCUGGAUCUUUACCUUGCGUUGUGUUGUUUUUUUUUAUGAUUUUUUUUUCCUUUCCUGUGGAUAUGGCAUUCAAAAAAUCCAAACAGUUCUAGCGUCCAUGAGCAGAUGGAUGACUUGUACAGAUUACCUGCUGGAACAGCUAAUGGCGAUCACCUGAAACAACUGCAACACCUUUAGAAGUUUUUCUGAGUUUACUUCAUAUACUUCUUGGAAAUAAUUUUCCUAACUCUAGUCUGUACUCAUCCUGGAAAGAAGCUAGAAGCUGUGUGGACACUACCUGUGUGAUCCACAUUUUCUCUUUACUUGGUCAGCUGUCACUCUGUCUGUCACUAUCAGGAUAUCCCCUUCCUUCUUUCUAGGGUUUCAUAAUGCUCUGGGAUCUCUGCAAGGUCUGACUCUCUUUCAGAACCUGGGCUGAAUUUCAGUCCCCUGUUAAAAGAAUAAAAGGUAAUGGAGGCACCUUCACAAUGAGUUAGUACUGCGAGUUUGUGGAGAGGAUGGGAGGUCAUAGGUCAAGCAGAAGUCGGAAAUUGCUGAGCUUUAGGUUUCGGCUAUAGAGCGUUUGUUGUUGUGUAGUUUUGUUUGAGAAUAUUGCUCGUAAUCAUGGGAAACGCAGUUGGAAGUGCUGAGAUUUCCCCUGGAAGGGAUAUAAAGGAGACUACAAUAACCAGCCCGGAGUGCACCGCGCCUCAGAAGCAAACGGCAGGACCGAAGCUCCCGAUGCCACCCGAGAAAGAGCUGGAGGAACGCUUCAGUGCAGCGCUGAACACAAUGAAUCUCCCUCCAGACAAAGUGCAGAUCCUCUCCCAGUAUGACAACGAGAAGAAGUGGGAUCUGAUUUGUGACCAGGAGCGGUUUCAAGUAAAGAAUCCUCCAUCUACUUAUUUGGAAAAGCUGAAAAGUUGUUUGGAUCAAGGAGGAGUCAGUCGGAAGUUGAAGAGACGCAUUCAAGAACUCACUCAGGUCCUCAGAGAACUGGAGAUUUCCCUGAGAACCAAUCACAUUGGUUGGGCUCAGGAGUUCCUAAAUGAAGAGAAUCAGGGUUUGAACGUGUUGGUGAAUUAUCUGUCAGUUGCUCAAAGUGCUGUCACGUCUGAGACGGAGACCUCUGACAACGGGACGGUGCCCUCAGAUAAAGGCAAGGCUGCAGACAGGUCGAUGGAAGAUCUCUCCAGAAGUCCUAGCAACCCUCCGACUGAAGGCGCAAAGCUUAGCAAGGCGUUUACAAUCAAGAGAGGCCAGAGGGGGUCGCAAGUCAUGGGUCAGAGAGACGACAUCCAUCUCUGCAUCAUGUGUGUACGUGCCAUCAUGAACUACCAGUUAGGGUUCAACUUGGUGAUGACGCACCCGUGCUGCGUCAAUGAGAUCACGCUCAGCCUCAACGACAAAAACCCAAGGACCAAGGCGCUGGUGCUGGAGCUGCUGGCAGCUGUAUGUCUGGUGAGAGGAGGCCAUGAUAUCAUCCUGUCUGCCUUCGACAACUUCAAAGAGGUGUGCGGGGAGAAAAGGCGCUUCGAGAAGCUCAUGGAGUAUUUUCGCAAAGGAGACAGCAACAUCGACUUUAUGGUGGCAUGUAUGCAAUUCAUCAACAUCAUGGUCCACUCAGUGGAAAACAUGAACUUGAGAGUCUAUCUUCAGUAUGAAUUCACCCAACAUGGCCUGGAUGACUACCUGGAGCAGUUAAAGUUUACAGAAAGCGACAGGUUGCUGGUCCAGAUCCAAGCCUAUCUGGAUAACGUGUUCGAUGUGGCGGCUUUGCUGGAUGAUGCACAGAACAAGAACAGCCUGCUGGAGCACAUAGAGCAGCUGCAGGAGGACAUUACACAGCUGAGGUCCAAGCUUGAAGAGACUGAGAGGGAGGAGAUGCAGAAAGUCUCAGAGUUGGAGAAGAAGCUCAUUCAGACUGGCAAAGAGGUUGAGCCCUUAAAGCAACCAGAUCAAGCGACAGACGGAUGCGGAUCCUCCGAAGAGCUAAAGGAGUUGGAGCUCAGGGUCCGGGCUCUGGUCGAGCAGGGCCUCCUUCGGCAGGAGCGCUCUCCCUCCGGGCAUCUGGUGCUCGAGGUGGUCCAGCAGGGGGCACAAAGAGACACUGUGAAGGAUCAAGUAGACGCGGCUUCCACCUGCUCGGAAUCUCCGACUCCAGUCAAUUUCCAACCUCCUCCGCCUCCUCCCCUUCCCCCACCUCCUCCAGGAGGCGCUGUGGCGCAGCAGAUAGUAGGAGACUCAGGGGAGUUCACCGGCACAAAAGGUUGGAGUCAACUUAAAGCUGCUUUGUUUCAGUGGUGGGGGCUUCCUGUGCAGGCUGGAAAGGUGUAUUCCAUGUAUCUUCCAGUCUGCACAAGUAUGGAAAUCAAACAAGCCGUUGACCUGAAAGUUUUCUUUAUUUCUCCUACAGAUAAACAGAAGCAGCCCAUUCAGACCAAAUACCGCCUGCCUCUGUUGAACUGGGACGCUUUGAAGUCAGAUCAGGUGGAGGGAACCAUCUUCAGCGAGUUGGACGACCAACGCGUCUUACAGGAGCUGGACAUGGAAGCUUUUGAGGAGCAAUUUAAGACCAAAGCUCAGUCCCCCCCUGUAGAUCUGAGCACCCUGACGAAGAAAAUGGCCCGAAAGACUCCCAGCAAAGUCUGUCUAAUGGAGCCGAACAGAGCCAAAAACCUGGCCAUCACUUUGCACAAGGAAUGUGUGGCUGCCUCAGACAUCUGCAAUGCCAUCGAGACAUACAACCAGCAAGCUCUGAGUCUGGACUUCCUGGAGCUGCUGGAGCGGUUUAUCCCCACAGAGCACGAGAUGAGACUCAUCCAGACCUACGAGAGCGAAGGCCGGUCGCUGGACGAGCUCAGCGAGGAGGAUCGCUUCAUGGUGCGCUUUGGCAAGAUCCCGAGGCUUUCCCAGAGGAUCAGCACGCUCACCUUCAUGGGAAACUUCCCAGAGACCGUCCAGAAUAUCCGGCCUCAACUGAACGCCAUCAUUGCAGCUUCGAUGUCUCUCAGAUCAUCCGUGAAACUGAAGAAAAUCUUGGAGAUUAUUUUGGCGUUUGGAAACUACAUGAACAGCAGCAAGCGAGGCCCAGCAUACGGUUUCCAUCUGCACAGUUUAGACCUGCUACUGGACACUAAAUCAACAGACCGCAGACAGACGCUGUUGCAUUUCAUUGUCAGGAUCAUCCAGGAAAAAUACCCGGAGCUGCAGAACUUCUACACAGAGCUGCACUUCCUGGACAAGGCAGCGCCCGUAUCCUUUGACAGCAUCCUGAAGAAUUUGCAAGCUAUGGAAAGAGGCAUGGAGCUAACCAGGAGUGAGUUCUCAGCAGAAGAAAAUCCUGUCCUAAAAACAUUUCUGACCACCAGCGUCCAGCAGCUCGACUCUCUGACGGCCGAUGGAAAGACAGCACAGGAUGCAUACGAGUCAGUUGUGGAGUACUUUGGAGAAGAUCCCAAAAUGACUCCGCCCUCUGAGUUCUUCCCCAUUUUUAACCGGUUCGUCAAAGCUUACAAGCAAGCCGAGCAGGACAACAAGCGCAGAGAGAAACAACAAAUUCCAACCUCUGAUGAUCAGUCGGCUCCUCCUAAACCUGAAGCUCCAGGGAAUAAGGUUUAUGUCAUGUGCAGACCACCUCACAUGGAUCUGAUUGCAGAGCUGAAGAGGAAGCAGGGGUCUCCUCUGAUGAGGGAGGGGAAAGACGGCGCCAUCGAGGACAUCAUCACAGAUUUAAGGAAUCAGCCGUACAGACGGACAGACGGGGCCCGUCACAGCUCCAAGUGGAAACCAGGCCAACAGCUUCAAGUUUCUUCAGACAUCUCCCUCUGAACACUGGGGAGGUAAAAGUAUGAGUUGUCUAACAGUGAAGGAAACUCUUCAAUCUGUGUUUUCGUGUUCUGGUGGGGGUGAGGGAUAUCCCAGCUGGAGAUCUCUAACGUUUUCCUGCUCCUCACAGUGAACGUGGCAUUAGAACUGAUCCAGAAUUUAUAUAAUCUAAUGUAUAAAACGUUGAAUUAUCUGCUUGAUGUUAAUGAUGCUGAGUGUCAUCUGAGCUAAUCAGGACAAUUACAUAAAAGAGGGAGCCUCUCAGCUUAGAUCCGAGACAGCAACGUCAUUAAUGAUUCACAAAUGUCAGAAUCACAACUGAAUCUGAAUCAUAAAGGAAAAUCCUGACAGAGGCUCGGAAAUAAUGUUUAAUUAUAAAUAAUUUUCUCUGCUGUUAUUUGUGUCUGUGGGACUUUUCAUGUAUUAUGCUGAAGAUUUUAAUAAAUUAUUUUAAUACUGAAAUCAUGCUUUGCUUCAGCUUUUGAACAAAUAAAGUAUUUUAUACUCCUCUCA